AUGGACAAACUUCAUGAGAUGUGGGAGAACUUUCAAUUGAAUGAAGAGGAAGGUGCGGCUAUAGACAUUGAAGAGGAGGGGAUCCCUAAAGUCCUCCGUAAAGGUGAUAGGAGUUUGAUCAGUAAGAUUUGGUCGGAUCGGCAGAUUGGAAAAAACAUAGUUGAGACUACUAUGGCAAAGGUGUGGAGGCUAAGCAAACCGGCCAUCUUCACUAAGAUGGGGAAAAACAUAUUUAUCAUCACUUUCGCAACACAUGCGGAUAAGAAUCGUGUGAUGAGUGGGAGGCCAAGGUUCUUUGAUGGUCAAAUGUUUGUGAUGAAGGCUUUCGAUGGGUAUACCCCACUCAAUAAAAUGUCUUUUGAUGAUGUUGUUUUAUGGGUCCAGUUCCAUAAUCUACCACUGUUUGGUAUGUCACGGGAGUGUGGGGAGAGGUUAGGAAGUUCUUUAGGAGUGGUGGAAGAGGUUGAAGUGGAUGGGGAUGAUGUGGGGUGGAGUAGGUUCCUACGAGUCAAAAUUUUGUUAAAUCUGAAAAAACCUUUGGCCAGAGGAUGGACUAUUACUUUGCAAGGUUUGAAAACCUGGAUUCCUAUCCAGUAUGAGAAGUUGCUGCGUUUUUGUCUGCAGUGUGGAAGGAUUGUUCAUGAGGAAAAAGGAUGUACAGUUCCUAUUCUUAUGGAGACGAGCAAUAGGCAGUUUGGAAGCUGGCUUCGAGCAGAACCAGGAGGUCAGAGAUUUCGUGGCUCUAGCCAAACAUGGAACAGUUCGCUGACUAAGAGUAGUCCGAAGGAGAAAGGGAAGGCCACGAUGGGGUGGUGA